AUGUCAACAUUGAUGGAAACGGCUUUAUUACAAAAAGUUCAAGAACAAGAAAUGAUGCUUCCACCAGCAUCAUCAGCUAUUCCUGCUGCUAGGUGUUCGCAAGGUGCUGCGUCUUUCGCACAAGAACGAAUAUGGCUUGAUGAAAAGAUCUAUCAUGAUCCAUCAAUAUCACCUGCUAUGCAUAAUUUUGUUUUACCGUUGGUGAUUAAGCAUGGCUCAAUGUCAAUCGAGCGCAUUCGUUCGGCCGUUGUUGCUGUUCUUGAACAGCAUGAAAUACUUCGAACUGCAAUUUACUUCGAUAAAAAUCGUAAUAUGUUAGUCCAAGAGGUGCAGCCUGUUGUCAACAAUGGUGCUUAUUCGUUUGAAAUAACAGCAAACGAUAUACAAAGUCCUAAUGAAGUUGCUGAUCUACUUAGAAAUGAAUCGGUCAAGCAUUUUGCUGAAUUAAAACAGGGUUUAGUUGUUCGUUGUCAUCUAGUUAAGGUGGCAUCUGACGAUGACAUGAAAAAAUUAUAUCCGCAAGAUCUAGUUAUUUUUAUAUUUCAUGGUGUAGCAUUCGAUUAUAGUUCUAUUAGUCCGUUCCUUGCUGCAUUUACAAAAGCAUACGAUCAGAUGGAAUUGAAUGUUGAAAGCGCUGAUUGUUAUGAUGAAGUAAUAGUGUCCAACAUUGGUCGAUAUUUUCAGAAUCUACUUUUACAUAUCUUCACUGAAAAUAUGAAAACUAUUGGAUUCGACCCACUUUUUGAAAAAAUUGGAAAUCUUUCUCUUUUACCAAUGAACGUUGAAACUUUAUCAAACGUCAUUGAAUCACUACGAAAUUUCUCCGAUAUAAAACCAGCUUCAUAUGCUCAACAUCAAAUAUGGCACGAUGAAGAACGUCGUUUGCAUUCGGAUGGACCACAAUUGGCAACAUACAAUAUGGUAUUCUGCUAUCGUCUUGCAGCUGAUCAUACCUUAUCUGUUCAGCAGCUUCGUCACGCACUCGAUCUUGUUGUUGACAAACAUCAAUCCUUGAGAACGGCACUUAUUUUUGAUACUACAAAAAACACUCUCACACAACGAAUUGUUGACCAACAGAGUUAUAAAAACAAUCCGUUUUCUAUAGUAGAAAGCAUUUAUGAAACAGAUGAACAAUUGGAUGAAAUUAUGCACAACGAGACACACAAUCCUCAUGUUUUCGAUCUUGCCCAGGGUCUUGUCUUUCGAUGUCAUAUUGUUCGUUAUAAACAGGUUCCUACCGAUGAUGUUAUCUCCGAUAACGAUAUCAUCAUCUUCAAUUUUCAUCAUGCCUCGUUUGACUAUCCAUCAAUGAAGAUAUUUCUUCAUGAUCUUCAUCAAGCAUACACCACAAGUCAACUACCCAAUGAUGACAGCACCAACGGACUUAGCUAUCUCGACUAUGCUGUUAUUGAACAACACAUGCCUAUGAUUGGUGCAAGCAUGUUCUGGCAUGAUGCUCUGCAUGACUGCAAACUAGAUCAGUCUCUCUCAUUGCCAUAUGAUAGAUAUCGACCUACGAAUGAAUAUCGAUCUGGUUUUGUAACAUCCAUUUCAUUCGAUUUAGACCGAGAUCUUUGUGACACUUUCCUUCACUACACAUCUUCGCAAAACAUCUCACUUGAACAUCUGGCGUUGUCUAUGUAUUUUGUCUUUCUAUGUAAACUAACGAAUGGAGAAACAGAUCUAUGCAUUGGAAUGGACGUAGAUGGUCGAUACAUAGAUGAACUUAAAUCAGUGAUUGGUAUGUUUGUCAAUACUAUUCCUUUGCGUUGUCAACUAGAUCCACAAUGGUUUCUACAUAAACUUGUUAAACAUGUUCAAGAGAUGCUAAGAAACAGUCGCAAAUACUCUUAUUUUCCUCUUCAACGUCUCCUAGAUCAACAGUCACGCGCUUUGAAACCUGUAUUUCUUGAUACAUCAUUCGAGUUCAUACGAUAUUCACCACAAGAUCUCGGCAAAGAUGUGAUGAUAGGUGAUAGCCAUCUUUCUGUGAUGCCUAUUUCGAGUAAGAUUAGUGAAGAUGACAUCAUGAACAAGUUUGACUUCAUUCUUAGUAUUCAACAUAAUUUCGAUAUGAAUCAACUCUCUUGUACAAUCAAUGCAUCGCUUGACUUGUUUAAUAGAGAAACGGUAGAGAAGAUUGCACAACGAUUUCAUUCAAUGUCCAAACAAUUGUUGACAUCUAUUCAUGAUCAAACAACUCAAUCCAUCUAUGAGUUAUCAUUCAUCAUGCCAGAUGAAAGAUUACUCAUGCAAUCAAUGAAUAAUACACAAGUCUCAUUUCCUUCGAUCACUUGUAUUCAUCAAGAGUUUGCUUGUCGAGUAUUGAAACAUCCACAAAAACUAGCUGUUGAACUUGAUGAACAAUCAUUGACAUAUUGUGAACUUUUAUAUUAUGUUCAGGUGUUAUCUUUAACUCUUGUUAAUGAAUAUCUUGUCACUCCAGGUGAGAUCGUGUGCCAAUGUGUUGAGCGAAGUUUGUCAAUGGUGAUUGGUAUUAUGUCAAUUGAAAUGGCUGGUGGUGUUUACUGUUCAUUGUCACCUCGUGAUCCACAACAUCGUUUGCAUACAUUCAUACAACAAACACAAAGUCGUCUUGUUCUUGUUCAUUGGCUGACAAAAAUGAAGUUUAAUAAUGAUAUUCUAUCAGCUGAUAUUCAUUCGAUACUCGCUAAUAAUGAUGUAAUGAGCGAUGCUGAUUUUGAUCGACUAUCAAGUAUUACAGUUACACCUAAUGAUAUUUCUUUUAUCAUUUUCACAAGUGGUUCAACUGGAAUACCGAAAGCGAUUCAAUAUCGCCAUGAAAAUUUCAUUCGUUUUAUAUAUUCGUUUGGGAGCGUUACCACAUUGAAGAACGAUGAUUUGGUUGUCCAGAUCGUUCGAUGUACUUAUGAUGGUCAUCUCCGGCAAAUAGUUGGUAUUUUAUUAAUUGGCGCUACAUGCGUCAUGCUACAUCCAAGAGGAAUGACUGAUUUUGAGUAUCUAGCUGAUGUGUUAUACAACAAACAAAUUACACAUUUCAGUACUGUACCAGCUUUAAUUCAAAAUUUCUUUAGUUUCCUCAUUCAGUAUAAGAAAACAUAUGCUGUGAAGUAUUUCCGAUUACUUUGUAGUGCAGGCGAAGCAUUUCCUUCCAAACUGAUUGAUCUGAUCCAAGAGAGCAAUAUUCCCAAUUGUACUUUAUGGAAUUUAUAUGGUCCAGCUGAAGCUACUAUAGUUUCUACCACAUAUAGAAUACAUCCUAUGGCUAAUACACAAAGUAUUCCAAUUGGUAGACCACUUUCUAAUUAUCGAUGUAUGAUUAUGAAUGAAUAUUCACAACAAUCAAUCACCAAUCAAGAAGGUGAACUGUUUGUAGGAGGAGUGGGUGUCUUUGCUGGAUAUCUUGGACGUGAUGAUUUAACUGCAAAAGCUCUUGUUGAAAUAGAUGGUCAACUAUUUUAUCGAACAGGUGAUCUUGUUAGAAUAGAUAACAAUGGUCUUCUUCAUUAUCAAGGAAGAAAAGAUCAUCAAAUCAAAUUACGUGGACAACGAAUUGAGCUUGGUGAAAUCGAACGAUGUUUACUUAACAUUGCAUCUAUAUCUGCUUGUGUUGUCAUAAAAUGGAAUGAUGAUUAUUUAGCUGCCUAUGUUGAAUCUUCUCAUAUAAAUGAAGAAGAACUGCGUCAACAUUGUCAAUCUCAUCUUCCACCACAUAUGACACCAUCAAUAUUUAUUAUUCUUCAUAAAUUACCUCUGAAUCAAAAUGGAAAGGUAGAUCGAAAAUCUUUACCAACACAGAAAAUUUUAUUUCAUUCGUCUGACACGAUACAUCAUCAACUUGUAGAACCAAGCAAUGAGCUUGAAAUCUAUAUUCAUUCAUUGUGGUGUGAGAUUCUCUCUCAAAGCAGAAUAUCUACUAAUACAAAUUUUCUUAGUAUUGGUGGUCAUUCUCUCUUACUCGUUCAAUUAUACCAUAGUUAUAAGAUGACACUCAACAUUGAUAAGACUAAGAUCAAUAUUUUUGAACUCUCCCAACAUCUCACCAUUGCUGAUCAUGCUCGCCUCAUUCAUCAAUCACUAGAUGAUCCAGAAACAUAUCAAAAACUUUUGUCUGCUGUACAUAAUAUGCAAGAAACAUCUAUUCAAAAGCAUACUCGCUCGAUCUCUCAAGAGAAUAUCAUACUUGUCGUAGAUGAGUUCUCAAGAUAUGAAUCAUUUCCCGUUACUCCUAUUCAACUAGCAUAUCUAAUUGGACGUGAAGGUGUUAUUGAACUUGGCCAUGUUUCUACUUUUGCCUAUAGAGAAUAUGAUUUCUCAACAUCGUUUGACAUCGAAUGCUUCGAACGAGCAUUGAAUUAUUUAAUCCAACGGCAUGAAGCAUUGCGUCUUAUCUUUCCGUCUCAUACUGAGCAGAAAAUUCUCAAAACAGUUUCCUAUUAUACUAUAUCUAUACUUAACUUAGAUGAUGUUCAGUCUUCCCAAAAACAUCUCCUAGAACGACGAGAACAACUAUCACAUCAGAUACGACCAGCUAAUCAAUGGCCAUUAUUUGAUUUUCAAAUAACUCGUUUUAUUAGUGAUGACGGUUAUAAAAUACGGUUGCAUUUUGGUUUCGAUUUACUGAUCUUGGAUUUUUGGAGCAUAAACUUAGUUUUACAUGAACUAAAUCAAUUGUACUACAACCUGAAUGAUGUCUUAAUAGAACUAAAACUAUCUUAUCGCGAUUACAUUCUGGCAGAACAACAAUGGAACUACACUACCAUUAAUAGCAACGAUAGACAAUAUUGGAUAAAUCGUCUAAAAUCAUUUCCAUUAGGUCCAAAUUUACCAUUACAGUGUUUGCCAAAUGAGAUACAUGUACAACGUCAUUGCAAUGCAGUAGCAGUAUUAGAUCGAUUACAGUGGCAAAAACUAAGAAAACAUAUUACCGAUCAUGGGCUAACACCAGCAGGUUUCUUAGCGUCAAUUUAUGCUUUGGUAUUGGGUAAAUGGAGUGAAAAUAAACAUUUCGCUUUGAAUCUGCCAGUUUUCAAUCGAUUACCUAUUCAUCCACAAGUUAAUCAAAUAGCAGGAGAUUUUACAACAGUUAUUCCGUUGGAAAUCAAUUUGGAUAAGGUAGUCACUUACUACGAAUUUCUUCACACUGUGCAGAAACAAUUAUGGAACGAUCUUGAACAUAUAUCUUAUGAUGGUGUCUCAUUUAUUCGUGAGUUAAUGCAGGUGCAUCAGACAAGAGAAAUUCUUUUACCGUAUGUUUUCACAUGUGGGAUAGAUCUUGAAGAUAUUCGUGAGAAAAAUGUUGAACACAAUAUAUUUUUUGAUCAAGAACCGGUUUAUGCGAUUAGUCAAACACCGCAAGUUUUUCUUGAUCAUAUAGUAAUGGAAAUUGAUGGUUGUUUAUCAAUAAAUUGGACAUAUGUAGAGAAUUUACUUCGAAAGGAAAUGCUCAAUCAUAUGCAUGAUACAUUUGUUGAUUUACUUGUCAAACUGGCUUCGUUCGAUGAAACAUGGCAAAAGCCCAUAUGCGUCUCUUUACCCUCUGAACAACAAGAACGACGAUUAGAUUUCAAUCAAACACAAUGGGGAUCAAACGUUAAAGAUAAAUUACUUCAUUCACUCGUUAUUAAACAAGCUGAAUUAACACCUAAUGCAUUAGCUAUUCUCUCUUCUCAAGUAAAUCUAACAUACAGACAGCUGAUGAAUCGUGUCUAUUCAUUAGCAUAUCACCUACAACAACAACAUGAAAUAAAGUCCAAUCAACUAAUUGCUAUUCUCAUGACAAAAGGAUGGGAACAAGUAGUCGCUUGUUUAGCUAUUUUAGUGUUAGGUGGUGCUUAUUUACCUUUGGAUGUUGAUUCACCCUACAAUCGUCUUUGUUCAUUAAUCGAAGAAACUAAUGUCACCAUUCUUCUUACACAAUCUCAUUGCAAACAUGUAUUUCCACAUCUCUCAACUAUUUCAGUCGAUACAUUCACAACUGGUGAUAUAUAUCUAUUUCCAUUUCCUAUCAAACAACAAUCAUCAACUGAUUUAGCUUAUAUUAUUUACACAUCUGGAUCAACUGGAAAACCAAAAGGUGUUAUGAUUAGUCAUCAAGCUGUUGUAAAUACUAUUUUAGAUAUGAAUUCAAGAUUAGAAAUCUCAGAGAAUGAUAGAAUAUUUGCAUUAUCACAUCUCAAUUUUGAUUUAUCAGUUUAUGAUAUGUUUGGAAUGUUGAUUGCUGGCGGAACUAUAGUAAUUCCAGAUCAUGAAGAUUAUAAGAAUCCUCAACAUUGGUAUGAUAUGAUAAUUAAACAUCAUGUUACUAUUUGGAAUAGUGUUCCGAUGUUAAUGCAAAUGUUUGUUGAACAGCUCAAACAUACAAAUAAUCAUAAUCAAUUACGACAUAUUUUAUUAAGUGGUGAUUGGAUACCAUUAUCUUUACCCGAAUCAAUACAAAUAGCGUUUGGUCAACAAGUGACAAUAACUAGUUUAGGCGGUGCAACAGAAGCAUCGAUUUGGUCAAUUGCCUAUACUCUACCAAAAGAAAUACCACAAGAAUGGAAAUCAAUUCCUUAUGGAAUACCAUUAAGAAAUCAACAAUAUUAUGUUUAUGAUUCACAUCUACAUGAUUGUCCUGAAUGGGUCAUUGGUGAAUUAUAUAUUGGUGGUGAAGGUUUAGCUAGUGGUUAUUGGAAUGACCAAGCAAAAACACAAUCAAGUUUUAUUAUCCAUCCACUAACUAAUGAACGUCUUUAUCGAACAGGUGACUAUGGUCGCUUUUUACCAAAUGGAUAUAUUGAAUUUACGGGACGAAAAGAUUUUCAAGUAAAAGUAUAUGGUCAUCGUAUUGAACUUGGUGAAAUUGAACAUCACUUACAACAACAUCCAGAUAUUCAUCAAGCUAUUGUUAAUAUUGAUGACAAAUCCCAACGUCUAGUGGGAUACAUCAUGCCCGAGAAGCGUUCUACAAUCAAAGAUGAUUUCCAUGGAUCAGAUAUAUCGAUAAUUGAUUCAAUUGAGCGAUUCAGUUUUAAACUAGCCAGACAUGGUUUAUUAUCCAUAGAAGACGCAAUCGAGACUUUCGCACUUACUAAGCCUGAACAAACAAAAGUAUUAGUUGAUACCUAUUAUGUUCGGAAGAGCUAUCGGCAGUUUACUAAUAAAACUGUUGAAAAGUCCGAUAUUGAAUAUUUAUUAACAGAAUGCUAUCGUCGAAAUAGUACAUGCAGUGCCAUAGAGUCAUCACUAAAUUUCGACAGUCUCGGCAGAUUCCUAUCAUCGUUGAUAUCAAUCCAUCUUCCUGAUCAAGUAUUACCAAAGUAUCGUUAUGCAUCUGCUGGAAGUCUUUAUCCAGUUCAAGUAUAUGUCGAACUAUGUUCUCCAAUUAAUAACAUCCCACCAGGCUUCUAUUAUCACCAUCCAGUCAAUCACAGCCUCAGUUUCAUCGGAAAAGCUACUCACGAUGACAAUGCGAGCAUUCGCUUGCAUUUUGUUGGUAGAUCAGCAGCAAUUUCUCCGCUCUAUGGGAUUAAAUUGGGCACCCGAUUUUGUACCUUAGAAACUGGUUAUAUUGUAGGAUUAUUGCAACAGGAAGGAUCGUCUUUAGGUUUCAAGUUGUCGAACAUUACUGAAUCAAUACUAAACAUUUCAAAUGAUUUAGUUUUACAAGAAAAUGAUACCUAUCAGUGCUUUUCAGUUAUACCGAUGAAGCCUGGACAUUCUCUUGAUAACGAUGAAAUGAAAAGUGCUCAUCCGAACAUAUUUGUGUAUUUAAAAUCACCCGAUUACAUGCAACAUCAAUGGUUUAUUUAUGACAAACUAAGCAAUCUUCUUCGAGUUCAUCCUGUGAUAUCAAGUACAGAACAAGGGCAAGCACUACCUCUUUUCAGUGAGGAUGAUGACACUGAAAUUAUUUUUUAUAAUUGUCAAGCUGCUAUAUUUUUCGUUGGAAAAGCUGAUCACUAUUUGGAUGCGGGCACUAUUGGAUAUUUAAUAAUGUGUACAGGUUUGGAAAAUGAUAUUGGAAUGUGUCCUAUUGGUAGUCUCGAUGGCUUUCCAUUGAAUAUCAAUAAUGCACUUGAUGAAAUUUUAAAUUCAUCCGAUUCAGAGAAUCAUAAUAUAGUAUUACAUCAGUUUCUUCUUGGAAAAAUUAGUGAAGAGCAGAAAUAUGAACGAACUGUUUCAAAAACUAAGACAAUAGCUAAUUACAAUCAGGCGUUGCAAACAUAUUUGAGUUCAACACUUCCUAACUAUAUGAUACCAUCAUUUUUUGUCACUCUUCAAACGUUUCCAUUAAGUUAUAAUGAUAAAAUUGAUAGAAAAUCGUUACCACAGCCAGAUACAUCAAGUAUCAAUGCAGAAGAAAGUUUUAUAGCACCUAGUGACGACUUAGAGAAAAUGUUAGCAAAUAUUUGGCAAGAAUUAUUAGGUAGUGAUCGUAUUGGCUUACGUGAUAAUUUUUUCUUGCUUGGUGGAAACUCUUUACUUGUUAUUCGAUUGAAAUCAAAGAUCGAAAAUACUUUAGGAAUUAGUUUACCAAUGAAAGUUUUUUACGAAAAUCCAUUGCUACAUAGUAUGGUUGGUCAAUGUAAGAUCGAAAUGAAGAAGCAGCAGCAAAACUCCAAAGAAGUCAUGGCAAUGGUUGUGAACACAGAUGAAAAGCACCGCUAUGAACCAUUUCCUUUAACAGAUAUUCAACAAGCAUAUUUAAUCGGCCGUAGUGGCUAUAUUGAACUUGGCAAUGUGUCUGGAUAUGGUUAUCAAGAGUAUGAUUCGCCAAAGUUGAACAUCGAACGGUUUGAAGAAAUAUUCAAUCGCUUAAUCCAACGGCAUGAAGCGUUGCGACUCGUUUUUCCAUCCACAACCGAGCAGCAAAUUUGUCAGCGUGUACCAUAUUAUAAAAUUAAGAUUCUGGAUCUUAGACAGCAGCCCAAAGAAGUUGUUAAUCGAGAGCUCAAAAAACGACGAACAGUUUUAUCUCAUAAGAUUUUGCCUGCUGACAAAUGGCCGCUUUUUGACAUUCAAAUUACACGCUCGAAUGAUGAAGAAUUCAGACUACACAUCGGCUUUGACAUUCUUAUUUUGGACUGGUUUAGUUUCAAUAUCAUGUGGCAUGAAUUUAACCUUAUGUACCACAAUGAUGAGCUUGAUUUACCGGCGUUCAGUUUAUCCUUUCGUGAUUACGUUCUUACUAUGGAGGAAUAUAAACUAACAGCUGCUUACCAAAAUGAUGAGAACUAUUGGAAAAAACGUCUAACAUCAUUUCCGAUCGGACCAACUUUAUAUUUACAGUGUUUACCACAUGAAAUAUAUGAGCAGAGAUUUGUUCGCAUUUCUAAAACAUUGACUCAACAGGUUUGGCGCAAAUUGAAAGAAUACAUUCGAGAAUACCAGUUGUCUUCAGCUGGCCUGUUAGCGACUGUUUUUGCACUAGUAUUGGCUAGAUGGAGCGACCAAAAACAUUUUGCAAUUAAUAUGCCCAUUUUUAACAGGAUGCAAAUUCAUUCAGAAAUCAAUCAUAUAAUGGGAGACUUUACAUCAAUCAUUCCACUCGAAAUCAAAUUUUACGAAGAAACCAACAUGAGCAUUAUGGAUUGUGUUCGGCAUAUUCAAGUACAACUGUGGGAUGAUAUUGAUCAUGCUUCUUAUAGUGGCGUUGCAUUCAUAAAUCAUCUAAAACGAACACGCAACACUCGAGAUAUUGUACUGCCGAUUGUAUUUACAUGUGGAAUCGAUGCAAAUGAUCUCGAUCGAAACCAAAUCAUGUAUACUGAUCGCAGUUUUUUCCAUGACAUGCCGACAUAUGCCAUAUCACAAACACCACAAAUCUGGCUCGAUAAUCAAAUCUAUGAAGACGAAAACGAGCAGUUAGUGGUUGGUUGGGAUUAUAUUGAGGGUUUAUUUCCAGUUGAAAUGGUAGCUGAUAUGCAUGAUACUUUCAUCAACAUCUUGUUUAGUUUGACAAAGUCAAGAGAAACUUGGGAUUGCUCAUAUGCAUUCGCUUUACCUCGUCAUCAAGCCGAACGACGUUCAACAUACAACAAAACAGAUCUAUCCUUUUCUCACGCGAAUAACCUAAUGCAGAUUCCAAUAAUUGAACAAUCGGAGCGAACACCACAUGCAUUGGCUGUCAUUUCUUCACGUGGAAAUCUUACAUAUAAAGAGCUAAUGAAUCGUGCAUAUUCUCUAGCAUAUCAUUUACAACAAAAACAAGGUGUACAGUCAAAUCAGUUAAUUGCUGUUUUCAUGGAAAAAGGUUGGGAACAAGUUGUGGCAUGUUUAGCCAUCUUAAUAUCAGGUGCUGCAUAUUUACCACUAGAUAUUGAUUCUCCACAUGAUCGCCUUAGCUCAUUGCUCGAAGAUGCUGACGUUGAAAUUAUUCUCAUUCAAUCUAAUUAUCAACUACCGUUUAUACAUUUCACAACCAUUGCAGUUGAUACAUUCACUGAUAAUAUAUAUCCAAUUCCAUUUCCUAUGGAACAACAGAAACCAACUAAUCUAGCAUAUGUUAUAUAUACAUCAGGUUCCACCGGCAAACCAAAAGGCGUCAUGAUUAGUCAUCAAGCAGUUCUUAAUACAAUUCUUGAUAUGAAAUCUCGACUAGAAAUCACUCCUAACGAUAGAAUAUUUGCAUUGUCUCAUUUAAAUUUUGAUCUGUCUGUCUUCGAUAUAUUGGGAAUGUUGAUCACUGGUGGAACUAUUGUCAUACCUCAUCAUCAACAUUACAAAGAUCCAAAACAUUGGUAUGAUAUGAUGAUCGAACAUCGAGUCACAAUUUGGAAUAGUGUUCCAAUGCUCAUGCAAAUGUUAACAGAACAUUUAAAGGAAAAUCUCAUGGAGAGUCACUUGCGACAUAUUCUGAUAAGUGGUGAUUGGAUACCUUUAUCUUUACCGAAAUCUAUAGGAAAAAUAUUCGGAGAACAUGUGAAAAUAACUAGUUUGGGUGGCGCUACUGAAGCAUCUAUUUGGUCAAUUGCCUAUACUCUCCCAAAAGAAAUACCACAAGAAUGGAAAUCGAUUCCUUAUGGAAUACCACUACGAAAUCAACAUUACUAUGUUUAUGAUAUACAUCUUGAUGAUUGUCCUGAAUGGGUCACUGGUGAACUGUACAUCGGUGGAAUGGGAUUAGCUAAUGGCUACUGGAAAGAUCAAGAAAAAACGCAAUUCAGUUUUAUUAUUCAUCCAUUAACUAAUGAACGUCUUUAUCGAACAGGUGAUUAUGGUCGCUUUUUACCAAAUGGAUAUAUUGAAUUUACGGGACGAAAAGAUUUUCAAGUGAAGUUACAUGGUCAUCGACUUGAACUUGGAGAAAUCGAAUAUCAAUUACAACAACAUCCAGAUAUUCAACAAGCUAUUGUUAAUAUUGAUGACAAAUCCCAGCACUUAAUUGGAUAUAUUAUGCCAGAAAAACAUUCUAUUUAUAUUGAAGAAUACGAUUCAACAGAGGUGUUAAUCGUUGAUUCUAUUGAACGCAUCAAUUUCAAGCUUGCAAGACAUAGUAUAAGAUGUCAAAAUAAGGUAGUAAAAAGCUUUGCUUUAACAAAACCAAAGCUUACAGAAACAUUAAUCAAUACAUAUUAUAUGAGAAAAAGCUAUCGACAAUUUACAAAUGAAGCUAUUGAAAGAUCUACUAUCGAAAAGUUAUUAAAAAAUUGUCACAAUAGCAAUAAUAAUGAGAAAAUAUCUUUAUCUCAUCUCGAUUCUGAUAUUCUUAGUCAUUUAUUAGCAGUAUUAACACCGAUCAGUAUUUCUGAUCAACCUUUACCAAAAUAUCGUUAUGCGUCAAUUGACGAUCUUUAUCCAGUACAGGUAUAUGUUGAAUUACCAAGAUCUAUAGAUAAUAUUUCAUCUGGUAUUUACUAUCAUAAUCCAGAUGAACAUACUUUAGAACUAAUUAGUACUCAUACUAAUAAUGAAAUGAUGAAUAUAAGAUUACAUCUUGUUGGACGAUCAUCAGCAAUUGCACCGCUAUAUGGUAAAAGAUUGGGUUCUCAAUUUUGUAUGUUAGAAACAGGAUAUAUUAUGGGAUUAUUGGAAAAAGAAGGGUCAAGAUUGAGAUUGAGAUUUUCAAAAAAUACUCAUAACGAAUCUAUAACUAGUGAUAUUUUGAAUAUAGAUGAGAAUGACACUCAUUGCUGUUUCAAAAUUUCAUCAUUUGAGCAAAAUAUUUCUAAUGAUGUACAAAAUGACAAUCAUCAAUGCAUUAUUUACCUUAAAUCGGCCGACAAUAACAAAGACCAAUGGUUUAUUUAUGACAAAGAAAAUGAUACUAUUACACCUUCUGAUGUCAAAACUGAAACUACACAUGAGGAAGUACCAUUGUUUUUUGAGGAUGACGAUGAUACAAAGAUUAUAUUCCAUGAUUGUCAAUGUGCAGUCUUCUUCAUUGGACGGUCAGAAUACACAAUGAAUAUAGGAAAGAUGUCACAUUUAUUAAUGGAUCAUUGUUUAGAGAUGAAUAUUGGUAUGUGUCCAAUUGGCACUCAUAUGAGUUUCCCAAAACAAAUUAAUGACGUAUUAGAUACUGUUCUUAUUCGUGAGAAACGAAAUGGAAGUAACAUCUUGCAUACAUUACUUAUUGGAAAAGUUAGUAAUAAACAAAAAUAUGAACGUACUAUUACAAAAGCAAAAUCAAUGCCAAAAUGGAGUGAAACAUUACGAAUAUAUUUAAAGAAAAAGCUUCCACUGUAUAUGGUACCAUCAUAUUUUAUAAAUGUUUCAUCGUUUCCGUUAAGCCCGAAUGGUAAAAUCAAUCGAAAAGCGUUACGAGAAAUAUCAUUAUCCGUGCUUCAACAAGAAGAUACUUAUAAUGCACCAAAUACUGAAUUAGAAAAAACAAUUGCGAUUAUUUGGCAAGAAAUAUUAUACACAGAUCGACUUAUUAUACAACAUGAUGAUCUAGAAUCGAAUAAGCUGCCGUCCAUUCCAAACGUCUCUGGUAUAGAUAGACAAACAUCCUUUCUUAUAUCUACUACAGUUAGUUUCUUCAGCGUUGGGGGCAAUUCUCUUUUACUUGUUAAGAUCUAUCAACAUUAUCAAUCAAAAUUUAAUUUCGAAGCAGAAGUAUUGAGUAUUCGACCAUUCUUUGACUACACCACCAUAGUAGAACAUGCUAAACUACUUGAACCAAUCAUCAUCGAUGGUACACAACUAAAACAAUGGCAUACGUUGCAUAUUAAUGAAGGUACCGCGUCAUAUGCUCAAGAACGCAUAUUUCUUGAUGAACAAGUUCGUUUCUCUGAUCAAAUUGCCAUCUACAAUGAGCUGAAUAUCCUAAAAGUUUCUAAAGGCUUAUUAUCAGUGAAUCGUUUAUUGCAAGCUCUUCGCUAUGUCCUAAGCAAACAUAAGAUAUUAAGAACUUCUCUAGUUUUCAAUGAUGAAGAUAGUAUUUUAAAACAAUCUAUUACUAAUAAACAUCUGACAUUUACAUUGGCUGCCGAUGAAACAUUCAAAAGUGAAACUGAACUUCACAGCAUUAUCUCACAAAUAAAUACUAAUCCUAAUUUGUUCGAUUUAUCAAAUGGUCGUGUUUUUUAUUGUCAUAUUCUCAGACAACAAAGGACAACUGAUGAAAAUUAUGAUAAAGAAAUGAUGACAAAUUCUGAUGUUCUCGUUAUCGGCUUCCAUCAUGUUGCAAUUGAUCGAUCAGCUUGUUCAAUUUUUUUAAAUGAUCUAUGUAAUACUUACAAUAGUAACAUGACGUGGUUAGAUGAUGAAGAAUCAUUACAAUAUAUUGAUUAUGCUGUCCAUGAACGUCUAAUCGACAUGACGUUGUCAUGUGAAUUUUGGCGUUUACAACUCGAGGGAUGUAACUUGAAACGUCGAUUAUCAUUACCAAUCGAGCAGCAUCGUUUAUCUAAUGAUCAGCGAUCUGGUUUUGCUUCUACCGUGCAAAUCACUUUUGAUAGGAAAACAUCCUCAUCAUUUCUUAAUUAUGCUUCUUUACAUCAUUUGACACUAUUUCAGCUAGGAUUGGCUACAUUCUAUACAUUUUUAUUCAAGUUAACAUAUAGUCAAACUGAUUUAUGUAUUUCAUGCGUUAACGCUAACCGAUACAGACCUGAAUUACAGACUAUGGUAGGAAUGUUUGUUUCAACAUUACCAUAUUGCAUACAACUUAAUCCUUGUUGGUCAUUUCAUGAAGUAGUUAAAUAUGUACGAGAAAAAUGUUUAUCAAUUCUUGAACAUUCACAUUAUCCACUUCAACAUAUUCUUCGUGAUUUUCAACUUAAUCCAUCAACUGUUCCUUUUCUUCAAACAGUUUUUGAUUUCAUGACUGAAUCUUCAGUUAACGAUCAGUUUACUUUCGAUGAUGUUAGUUUAGAGCCAGUAUCAUUAAAACAGUUUUCAGGAGCGGCUAAAUUUGAUUUUUCGUUGGAAUUUGUUUACAAUCCAAUCUCGGAUGACAAAAUAUUGUCAUGUCGUUUUAUUUGUUCAUGUGAUCUAUUUGAAGAUACUACAGUUACAAAAAUGAUGCAAAGAUUUCAAUAUUUUUUUGAGCAACUUUUUUCAAUGAAUUUCAAUGUUAAUGAGACUGACUUAGUAGUUUCACCUAUUACCAAACUUACUCUUAUCUUACCAGAUGAAAUGAAUGAAAUACAAUACGUAGCUUUUUACUGUCAAUCAAAUGUGGCGAAUGAAGCACCAGCAUCAUUUGCACAAGCCCGUAUAUGGCUGGACGAAAGAAUUCGAUUUGAUCCAGACAAGCCCCAAAUAGCAAUCUAUAAUAUGCCUUUUGUUUAUCGUCUGCACCUAGAUCAUACCUUAUCAAUUAAACAACUUCUUCAAGCUCUUCAUAUUACUGUCAACAAGCAUCCCUCACUUCAUACAUCAUUUCAUUUUGAUAUCGAAAAAAAUCUACUUAUGCAACGAGUUAUUAAUCAUCAAGAUAAAAAUGAUAAUAACAAUAUGUUUUCAAUCAUCGAAACUACUUAUGAAACAGAUGAACAAUUGAAUGAGAUUUUCCACGACGAGAGACGUAAUUCUCAUCUUUUUAAUCUUGCUCAAGGUCUUGUCUUUCGAUGUCACCUUGUUUACUAUAAACAAAUCUCUUCAAAUCAUCUUCUUUCUGACAACGAUCUAAUUAUUUUCAACUUUCAUCAUGCUUCAUUUGAUUUUCCAUCAAUGAAUAUAUUUCUUCAUGAUCUCAAUCAAGCAUAUACAACAGGCCAAUUAUUAUAUGAUGACAGCACCACUCUUCGUUAUCUCGACUAUGCUUUUAUUGAACAACAAAUGUCAAUGAUUGGUGCAAGUAUGUUUUGGCUUGAUACUCUUCAUCAUUGUAAACUUGAUCAAUCUUUACCAUUACCAUUUGAUCGAUAUCGUCUCUCAAAUGAAUAUCGAACUGGUCGCGGAACAUCUAUUUCUUUUGAUUUUGGUCAAGAUCUCUCACGUCAUUUUCUUAUUCAUGCAUCAUCAAAUAACAUAUCACUUGAACAUCUCACAUUUACUAUUUAUUUUAUCUUUCUAUUUAAAUUAACUAAUGGACAAACAGAUCUAUGUAUUGCUAUGAAUAUCAAUAAUAAUCGAUAUAGGGAUGAACUCAAAUCAACGAUUGGACUGUUUGAGAAUGUCAUUCCAUUACGAUGUCAAUUAGAUCCUCAUUGGUCUUUUCAUCAGUUACUCGAACAUGUUCAAGAAAUAACAACAAAUAGUAUGACAUAUUCAUAUUUUCCACUUCAACAUAUUCUCAAUCAACAUCCACAUAUUUCAAAAUAUGCAUUCUUGGAUAUAUCUUUGGAAUUUAUAUCACAUAAGAAUAACAAUACAAUCAUGAUCGGUGAUUCUCAACUUGUUCCAGGAUCUUUCUCAUUCAAUAUUAAUGAAGAUGAGAUAUUAAGUAUAGCCGACUUUUCUCUUUCCAUUUAUCAUGAUAUGAAUAUGAAUCAACUGUCAUGCACAAUCAAUGCAUCACUUGACUUAUUUAAUAUAGAGACAGUGGAAAAAAUUUCACAACGAUUUCAUUUCAUCUUACAUCAAUUAUCUGCAUCUAUUACCGACAGCCAAAUAAACAAACCAAUCUAUGAGUUAUCAGUAAUAUUAUCAAAUGAACAAUAUCUAAUGCAAUCAUUGAAUAAUACACAAAUAUCAUUUUCAUCUUCUCGUCCCACUUGUAUUCAUCAUAAGUUUGUGUGUCAAGUGAUGAAACAUCCACAAAAACUAGCUGUUGAAUUGGAUGAACAAUCAUUGACAUAUUGUGAACUUCUAUAUUAUGUUCAAGUUUUAUCUUUAACUCUUCUCAAUAAAUAUCAUGUUUCUUCAGGUGAAAUCAUUUGUCAAUGUGUUGAGCGAAGUUUAUCAAUGGUGAUUGGUAUAAUGGGAAUCGAAAUGGCUGGUGGUGUUUAUUGUCCAUUAUCACCUCGAGAUCCACAACAUCGUUUACAUGCUCUUGUACAGCAAACAGAAAGUCGUUUUGUUCUUGUUCAUGAUUUAACUAAGACUAAGUUUCAUCAUAAUAUUGCAUUACUUAAUAUCGACUUAAUAUUGUUUGACAACGAGAGAGAGUAUAAAAGUAAUAUUGAUCGACUAUCGAAUGUUUUAGGAGCAACGGAAGAUAUGGCUUACAUCAUAUUCACAAGUGGUUCAACUGGAACACCGAAAGCGGCUCAAAUGCGGCAUGGAAACUUCAGUCGAUACAUGUAUUCAUUAGUAUGUGGUGAUGUAUUGAAGAAGAAAGAUACAAUUAUACAAAUAGCGCGUUGUUCGUUUGAUGUUCAUGUUCAAGAAAUACUUGGUACAUUAACAACUGGAGCUACACUUGCCAUGUUACAUCCAGGAGGGAUUAGUGAUCCAAAGUAUCUUGCCGAUGUUAUCAAAAUGAAGAAUGUUACGUGCAUUACAGCUGUACCAACUAUUCUUCAACUAUUAUUUGAUUUCCUGCAACAACUGAAUGAUAUCUCAACUUUAACAAGUCUGCGAUGCGUUUGCACUGGUGGUGAAAUGUGGUCUGACAGUCUGGUAAAUUUAAUUUUUAGUUCAGUCGCGAAUCCCUGUAUACUGUGGAACCUUUACGGUCCAGCUGAAACGACUAUAGUUUGUACCGUACAUAGAGUAAAUCUCACGGCUAAUACGCAAAGCAUAUCAAUUGGUAAACCACUUUCUAAUUACCAGUGUAUGGUCAUGAAUGAAUAUUUACAAUCAUCUGUUACCAAUCAAGAAGGUGAACUGUUUGUGGGAGGAGUAGGUGUGUUUGCUGGUUAUCUUGGGCGUGACGAUUUAACUGCAAAAGUUCUUGUUGAAAUAGAUGGUCAACUAUUUUAUCGAACAGGUGAUCUUGUUAGAACGAACAACAAUGGCCUGCUCUAUUAUGUUGGUCGAAAAGAUUUUCAAAUCAAAUUACGAGGGCAGCGUAUUGAACUUGGUGAAAUAGAACGAUGUUUACUUAACAUCACGUCUAUAUCUGCUUGUGUUGUCAUGAAAUCGAAUGAUGAUUACUUAGUUGCCUAUGUUGAAUCUUCUCACGUUAAUGAAGCACAACUACGUCAACAUUGUCAGUCUCAUCUUCCGUCACAUAUGAUACCAUCAAUAUUCAUGAUACUGGAUAAACUACCUUUGAAUCCAAAUGGUAAAAUAGAUCGAAAACUUCUUCCGCCACCUCACUUCUCAUCUACACGUCUCACAAACAGUAUAGAACUAUUACUACCAACAAAUGAUAUUGAAGUUACUAUUCAUCAUAUUUGUUGUAAGAUAUUUAAACAAAAUCAAAUCUCAACUGAUACAAAUAUGUUUACUAUUGGUGGUCAUUCAUUACUCAUGAUGCAACUUUUCCAUCAAUACAAGACCGACUUUGAUUUAGAACAAAAGCAAAGUUGUUUCUCGAUAUCAAAUCUAUUUCAACAUCCAACAAUUAUUCAUCAUGCUCAACUCGUUCAACAAUCUAUUAUUAGUAUCCGCACUCAGGAUGAUUAUUCUUGGUCUUCAUUACAUCUCACUCAAGCUAGAGCAUCAUUUGCACAAGAACGAAUCUAUUUAGAUGAACAAAUUCGUUUCUCAUCCAACAAAACAACUAUGAAUAAUAUGUAUGUUAUACCAUUACUCUAUCGUAUAUCAUCGACGAAUGAUCAUAUAUCAAUCACUCGAUUUCAUCAGGCAUUUCACAGUGUUAUCACAAAACAUAAUAUUCUUCGAACAGCACUAUAUAUUGAUGAUACAAACGGUGCUAUUAAACAACACUAUUUAGAUAUUAAUACUAUUAUCAAUGAUAACAUGAGAUCAUAUGGAUUGACAUUUGUUAAUAUUCAUGAUGCUGAUCGUCAUCUCGUGGAUGAAAUUAUCUCAGAAAUAUUAAAUCAAGCUGAUUUAUUUGAUUUAUCAAAAGGACGUGUUAUUCGUUGUCAUAUUCUUUGUCACUCUCAAUAUUCUCGAGAUAAUGUCUCAUGUGAGAAUGAUGACCUAUUGUCUGAAAAUGAUUACAUAUUGAUUAGUGUUCAUCAUGCAAUGUUUGAUGGAGCAUCAACAUCAGUCUUUCUUCGUGAUCUUUCUCUUGCUUAUCAAUCUAAUGACUCUUUAUCUAUGGUUGAUAGCUCAUUGAAUUAUAUAGAUUAUUCUGUUUAUGAACACAUAAUGGAUAUGACAUUAUCUCGUGAAUUCUGGCAUUCUCAACUCAAUGAAUAUAAUAUCGAAUGUUCAUUAUCACUACCAGUUGAUCGACAACGUUCAUCAACUAAUCAACAGCGAUCAGGUUUAGCGUCCACAGCUCAAAUCACUUUUGAUAAUAAAGUAUGCACAUCAUUUCUAAACUAUGCAUCAUCACAUCAUCUCACACUUUUUCAACUUGGAUUAUCCAUAUUUUAUGUCUUCCUAUUCAAAUUGACUCAUGGUCAAACUGAUCUAUGUAUUUCUUCUAUCAAUGCUAAUCGAUAUCGAAGUGAGUUAGUGAAUAUGAUAGGAAUGUUUGUUUCAACAUUACCAUAUCGUGUUGAACUUGAUCCUCAUUGGUCAUUUGAUGAACUUGUGAAACAUGUACGAGAAAAAUGUUUAUCAAUUCUUGAACAUUCUCAUUAUCCAUUACAACAUAUUCUUGGUGAUAAUCGAUUAAAUCAAUUACAUGUAUCAUUUCUUGAGACAAUGUUUGAUUUUAUCAGUGUAUCAAAAGAUGUCGAACAUUUAUGUUUGAAUGAUACAAAUUUAGAACAAGUAUCAUUGGAACAGUCAACUGAAAUGUCUAAAUUUGACUUUUCAUUAACGUUUAAUUACAAUCCAUUCUCAGACAAUAAGAGAUUAUCAUGUCGUUUUGUUUGUUCACAUGAUUUAUUUGAAAAAUCAACUAUUUCACAAGUAGCUCAAAGAUUUGAAUAUGUGUUUGAACAACUGUUUCAAACACAGUCAAGCAACGUUCCUGUGAUUGAUAUGAGUUUAUCGAUUAACAAAGUGUGUCUUAUUCUUCCCGAGGAAGCUGAAGAAAUGGAAUUAGUUGUGUUUUAUCGAUUGGAGAGUGUUGUCAAUGAAGGUAUGAUUUUAUGGAACUUCGUCUAUUGUUUUCUUUUUCGUAGAGAAGAGUCUUACAAACAUAAAUUGUCUGCUUGA